AUGGCGAACAUCAAAGUGGCUGUGCGCGUCAGACCGGUAUCUGCUAGGGAAUUAAACUUAACGGGGUCCGCAGUGGUAGUUCGUGCAGAAUCGAAUGAGAUUUCCCUGACGAAUUUAAAGGUAUCGUCGAGCAAGGUUGGGGACAGUCGCGAAAGAACUCGAAGAUAUGAUUUCGACUACUGUUUCGAUUCGUCAGAUCCUGAAACAAAGAAUUACGCCACUCAAGCGACGAUCUACGAAACACUCGGACAGUCCAUCUUGGAUGCCAUGUUCUCUGGAUACAAUUCUUGCCUGAUUGCUUACGGACAGAGUGCAUCAGGCAAAACCUACACCAUGAUGGGCACAAAGGAGGAUCCAGGACUAAUACCUCGUCUCUGUAAAGGAAUCUUCUCAAAGAUCGAACAAGAGAGCGAGCAUGAGAGGAUCUAUCGCGUGACAGUUAGUUAUUUGGAGAUAUAUAACGAGAGAGUGAGGGAUCUCCUGAAGCCGUCAACGAGCACGAGCGGUCUCAGACUUCGAGAACAUCCUCGACUAGGACCUUACGUUCAAGGUUUAACGCACCAUGUGGUUUGCACCCUGGGGUCGUUGAUAUCAUACGUGGAGGAGGGCACAAAGGCCAGAAAGACAGCCUCGACACUUCAGAAUCCCAGUAGCAGCCGUAGCCACGCUCUGCUGACCGUCGAUCUCUCGCAGGAGACAGCCGACGCCGAACGUCCCAACAGCAGUGGUACUUCCUUGUCCUCUAGGAGGCAGGACGCCACUCCGCACGGCGGUAGCAGGUUACACCUAGUCGAUCUGGCGGGCAGCGAGAGCGCGGCCACCUGCAGCGGCGUUCAUCGACUGAAGGAAGGUGCGAAUAUCAACAAGAGCCUAGUGGCUUUAGGAAACGUGAUAUCCGCACUCGCCGAGAGAGGCUCAACCGGAAGUAGGCCAGGAAGAAGAUACAUCCCUUACAGAGACUCUUCGCUCACUUGGCUGCUGAAGGAUGCACUCGGCGGAAAUGCCACCACCAUUAUGCUCGCCACGAUAUCUCCGGCCAGCGGAAGUUACAACGAGACCGCGCACACUCUACGAUUUGCGCAGAGGGCGCAGAGUGUGGUCAAUCGACCAGUGGUCAACGAGGAUCCCGUGGAGAGAAUUAUCCGCGAACUAAGGGCUGAAGUCGCCAGACUGAAAUCUUUAUUAUUGGAAAAGGCAAGGAGCUUACGGACAUUUUACUUAUAAACUAUACGAAUCUUAUUGCAGGAUAUCGACCAGACUAAAGCGCCGUGUUGCUGCAGCAAAGUUCAAAGUUCAAAGAAUUCCGCGACGGAUCCUCAGUAUCGUCAAGAACACGAAUCGAUCAACACCUCGCAAUUCGAGGAAUCCAAUCAUAAAAACAGAACUGUACAAUCUAAAGAUAAUAGAAAUCUCGAUACACUUCCGAUAAGAAGAUAUAAUUCCAGUGAUAGUGUGACGGCUUAUGAGACGAGUUCUUCGGGAUCUAUCAGAAAAUUCAACUCCUACGAGCAUCUACAACUUCCGCAUCGCUUCAAUUAUAAUCAGGCCAAAAUUACUGAGUUAAACGAUGAGGACGACGAAGUGGUGGACGAGAUUAACGAACCUGUCUUUGUGGAUAUACCAACGCUGGUGGCUGUGCUAAUCAAGCCAGACAACAGCUUACAAGAAUCGUCUACACAAAUCGAAGAAAUUUGUUCCGACGAAGUUCAAGAAGAUUCGAUCGAUGCCGAUUUUAUAGAAGGUAGCAACGAGGAUUUCGAGGGAUCGGAAAGAAUCGACGACGUCGAUCCUGAUGAUCGCAGCAGUUCAGCGAAUUCGUGCAUCUUGAAAGACUCGGAGAUCGUUGAUCUUCAUCAGAUUACCUCAGGAUGUUCUUCACCAAGUCCGAUUGGAAGAAGCAAACCGAGAGGUAAGUUCAGUAAGCAAAAUUCGAUCGAUUUAUCAUCGUCCAACUUGAACGUCUCGAAGAAGUUUGGCUCUAUCGACGGGAUUAGCAAGAAGAAAGAACCAAUUUUUGGUGUACAACGAUCGCACACAAACAUAGAGAAACGCUCGACGUUAUCCGAACGUGGGAAGAAGCUCAAUAAUAUCCGCGAGAUCGAUGAUCGUAAAGCGAAUGUUAAGUCGAGUAACAUUUGGAGAGCGAUCGGUAAUAAAGAUCAUCUGCAGAGGAAGAGUAGCAACGAGUCCGAUAAGAGUUUGAAGGACUCCAUCAGUGGCAGAACAGGUAGCUAUAACAGUAUCGGUAGAAAAUCGAGUUUGGAGAGCUUGAAGAGAAAAACUAGCAAAGACAGUAGCUCAAGUAGCUCUAAAGACGAACAGAUCUCGAUCUCGAGUUUGACGCGUGACAAGAUAGCGCGCAGAAAGAGCUCCUUGGAUCAAGAAGCAGCAGCAGCAGCGGCGGGCGGUUUAAAGCAUCACACAGCCAUUCAGAAAGUAAAACGUGCCGAAAUUGUGGCAGCCGUCACAGAAAGACUCUAUUCCAGCAGAAAGCAUAUAGAAGAGACUAAUAUGGCGAGCAACAACGCGUCGGGUAUACGUUCACCGCCGGAGGGUAUCGAUGUGAAAAUGCCAAAUAGUCUCAUAGCGCGAUCGAGACUCCAGGAGAUUUCGCGAAAGAUGCUGUUAAAACGACGAAAGAUCAAUGUUGAUACCCAGACGGAAACGGCAUCGACACUGCGCUUCAAGGAUACAGCGUGUCUUACGGAUCAGCCUAAAGUGGUUCUUCAAGACGCUGCGGUUCUCACGGAUGAUCACGCGGACGGAGAUGUCGCGAUAGUUGCGAUGGAUCGCCGAUUACCUGUUCUUAGAGUAAAGGACAUGGCAACGUUGACGGAUCGACGACCGCCAACCAGCAUCUUCCGUUGUAAGGAUGCCGAGAGCUUGGCGACUGACCUGGACUUCGACGAUUACGAACUUCACUCACCGCGAAAUGAUUCUGGAAUACUUUCCGACGACGCGCAGAAUUACGCCGAGAGUAAUCUAUCUAGCGCUGAUGUGUCUGACCUUUAUCCGGAAAGUGGUGACAAAAGAGUAUCAUGCGUGGAUAAUUCGACCAACACGUUCCUCGCGUCGUCGGGAAGGAAUUCGGCGGUGCAAACGGCAGUGCGACGUUUAGAAGCAGCGAAUCGGUUAAAAGAUAAUUCGGAGAAUAGAAGCUACAGCGGAUGCUGUAGUUUGAUUCACGAACUUAGUCAACAAGCACGAACAAAUAGUCCCGAGAAGAACGUUAUUUCUAUAUCAUUACCAGAAAUGAUUAGUAUAACUAUCGAAAGCACAAACGGUCUAGAGUCAAGAAUCGCAGUGAUAGACGGCAGUGAUGCCGUGGAGGAAAAACCGAAACCCAUUUCCAGCGACAAGGCAGCACAGACGGAUAAAGAGAUUAAAAAUGAAACUGAAGGAUCGUUUCUAAAGGAUUUUACAGUCAAAUCGACGGCUAUUCAAACGGACGGCCGAGUUUUCAGAAUCGAGAAUAUCUUUCAAGAUCCGAAGAGCAAAAGCUGCGAUGACGUGUCUUCCGAGGUAAAGAAAGAGACUGCGAUGAAGAAGUUGGUAACUUUUAGAAGUUCCUUAGGCACUUCUUCUGUCAUUGAAACAAAAGAAAAUGGUACAGAGACCGAAUGGAAUGGAAUAUACAAUGGUGAUGUUUGUCAGCAAACGUGGCCAAUUUCAAAAGAUAGUUUAACACAAGCUUUCAUUAUUAAGAAACGUAGCUACAGUUUGAGUCCUAAAAGACCACACAGACUUGCGGACGAUAAUCUAUGGAAAAACUGGACCCUUCCCUGUCCAGAAAGAUCGAAAUUUAUCGACUAUAACAGAGAAAUAAGGACCACGUCACCUUCUAUACAACAAGAUAUUAAUUUAGAAUUAGUCGAUAAUUUAUUUUCUUCUCUGAUAAACAGCGAAUGUUCUUUUGUCGAUACAAUUCCAGAAAAUACAGCUCAGAAAUCAUGUAAUCAAGACUCGAAGGACAACUAUAAGAAUUUGAAGAAAUCAAAGUCUAUUUCAAUAAAGAACUUAUUAAAUUACGAUUAUAAUUUUUCGGAUGACAGUCUUGAUUAUGACGACGACAACGUCGCGAAAGAGACAAUUGAGAUAAAAAAGAUGGAUUUGCAUGAUAAAAAUUAUGAGAGUCUUUGUCCUCCAGAUGUCGUUGCACACACGAAGAAAGAAGCUUCGAAAUCGAUGAAUCAUGUAGAUUCGACUGACGCCGAGUUUUCGACGUCAGUCAGGAUAGACGACGAUUUUGAUGAUAUUCAGAUAGAAUUUCCAAAGAGAAAACCUGAUGAAGUAUCGGAAAAGAAUCCACUGCAAGAUUACAAGGCGUUGAUCCUAGGGACAUCAUUGCAUGUUGUAGAUAGUGAUUCCGAAGAAGAAGCGAAAACCAAACCGCUUGAUAAUAGCAAGAAAAAAGUGUCUUUUUUAAAUCCCAGUAGUAUCGAGGAGAUAACUGACGUCGUAACUAAUCGUAAAAUUCUAGCAUCAAAACAAAAUUCAGAGGUAGCCUUAAAGCCUAUUAUAAAGAAGGUGAAGAAGAAGAAGCCAGUUGUAACUGAAAGUUUGGAUAUCAUUCAAUCGAAUGUCAAAAUCGAUCAGUCUUUACAGCAGAAAAAGAUAAAAUCGACGAAGAGCGAAGAAGUUCUGCCUACUUUAAAAAAGAAGAGUGAUUCUGAGAACUCUGAAGAAUCGCUUAACAACGAGAAGAUAAAAUUCUCCAACGAAGAUCCUCGCAACAAAGUUGUCAAAGACAGUGUCGCCAUUGACAAAGACGCUCAUUUUCGUACAUCAUCGAAGAGAAAUAUUCUUGAAGAGUAUCUAAGUGAAGCAAUAACUUUCAUGCGCAACAUGAACUCUAUGAACGAGUACAUGAGUGCCACAAAUAUGUUGGAGAACUAUGGGAAGCGUAGAAGACGAGGAGGUCGUCGUGGAAAUAAUCCAAGCACGGAUAAAGAUUAUACAGAGUUUCGAGGGCGCAAAGUGAGCCUGAAGGAUGACACCGACAAAUACUUGCAGUCGGACAAUGAUGAAAUUGUUGCUAUUGAAUCUUACGUGAAAUGUUUGAAAGGCAUCGAAAGAUUGGAGGCAUGCAUCGAUAAUGUCAAUAAGCAUAACCAGGUCCUCCGAGACAGAUACGGCAUCGAUGUUGAGUCUGCUGGCGCUAAAUUGAGUUUAGCGAGUUCCAGUGUAGACUCUAAGAUGUCUAGCAUCAGUGACGAUGUUAUCCAUCAAUGCGGAAACGCAGUUUCCGAAAAUAAUGCUGAGAAUUGUGAUGAAUCCAAUCUUUCUAGGAUUUCCUUACCGCUUUUGUCUUCCACUCGAACUGACGCCGCGAAACAAUAUACGUCAAAUGAGACAGAAAAGUAUGACGCUGUUACUAAGAUAGAUAAACAGGAUCUUGACGACAAGAACAACAAUAUUACUGUGGAUGAUCUCGAGCGUAAAAUCUUCGAUCAACUAAUGCGCGCGGCUGAUCUUAGUAAAUGCUGGAGUCUGAAACAAUCCCAACAGGAACGCCCCCGGAAAAUAUCCGAUCUUAGGUCGCAAAGCUCGACAACUUACUCCAAGUUACGAGGGACUUUCCAACAGGACGCUCAUGGCAUCCUUAAUUUCGACAAAGUUCCCAUCGCCGAGGAUUAUCUUGACUACAUUCGCGGAAUUGAGAGUAGCCCAUGGGCGUUUAAAAAGACGAAGCCUUUGGAUCAAACGAACGAUAUUAGUUCAAGGACGUCGAUCGGUUUUGGAAUUGAUUCUAAAGCAUUUUGCGGCGAAGACAAUGAUAAUUUGUCAGAUGUCGACAUGUCGAAUAAACCGACAAUUUUCCAAAUAAAGCAUCAUGAUUAUCUAACAGACCCUACAAAAUCAAUCGAAGGAGGAUCGCCUUAUACAGAAACGGAGAUUACGCGGAAAUCAAAAGAUAAUUUAAAAACUGAGUUAACGAACUCCAGAUUUGGAGAUUCUUUUACUGUGGAAUUGAAAUAUCCCGGUAGUCCAAGAGCAAAAUUUUUGGAGCUUUUAAGGGAGAGGAGACGUAUCGUAGAAAAUAGCAGAGGUACGAGUGCAUUUUAAGAUCAUUCAAACGAUAUUUCUUCUUAAAUGUAAAUCUAUUUUUCACAUAUAUUUUGUAUUUUAACAAUUGUGUGUGUGAGAGAGAGAGA